AUGUCGAAUGAUUGGAUCCCGCAAACAUCACUGGUACCGCUAUCCAUUUUUAUCUCGACAUCCACAGAGAAAUGGUAUGAGCAAGAAGCUACUGGCGGCUUCCCUCCUGGCCGUACCUCCUGCUGUGCAGUUUCUGCGUCAGAGGAAAAUCGGGGACCCUGCGAGAUAUUCAUUCUAGGCGGGGCUCGCAAAGUUGAUCUUGUCCUUGCCGAAAAGGAAUACGUCGAUUUGGGCAAAGGUCCUCGUUCUCACCCUCAUUCAAAUGGAUCACAAUACCUAUCACCUCUGCGUGAGUCCCAUUCUUGUCACAUUAUCGGGGAACGCCAAACGCUCGUGGUCGGUGGCUCGAUGCUGACACGCCGUCACUACCGCUAUGAUUCAGAUGCUGCACCGUAUCAGCGAUCUCAGAUUGUAAAGUCCACUACUCCUCCGGUGGAAUCGAACCAAAAUCCUGGAAAUAGCGCUGCUCAAAAAGAGAGCGCUCCAGGUCCAGAUCCAAAACCCGUUUCUAACGGCCUUGGGAUCGAUGUGUCGCCGGGGAUGUGGGUGGCGGAAAUUUUAGGAGCCAUUAUCGGUGUAGUGGUAUUAUUUUUCAUCGUGAGCCAACUAAAGGCAUACCGGAGGGCAAAUACCGACCAGACCUUGGAGACCCUUGAUUUCCAAUUCCAAAAUAUUUCGAGGAGUUCACCGGUGACCAACACGGUUCCAACGAUGGAAUCUGGGGGGAAUAUCAGGCUCACUCAGCUGAAUCCUACGCCUGUAUUUGAGAUGUCAGCGUAUCCUUCCAGAAAGAAUUCGCAGCCUGCUGAGCUGGGUGGUAAAACGAAGCAACGAGCGGAGUUAGCUUGA